AUGAAGCAGCAGGAACUGCAGGUUGUGCUGCUCCGGUCCCUGAUUAGCGUGGCGACGGCGGCCGUGGGCAGUUUGGCCAUCGGGUACCUCCUCCGCAGAAUCCUCGCCCCCAAGACGAGCGAUGCCGAUGUCCAGUCUGCACUCAAGAAGCUCUACGAGAUCGAGAGGCAAAGAGGAAGGGAGGUGAAGGAGCUGACCCUCACGGAACACGAGUGCGAGCUCAUCAAGGACGUCGUAAGCCCCUCCGAGAUCGACGUGGACUUCAACUCGAUCGGCUCUCUCGAGGACAUCAAAAAAUCGCUGCGGGAGGUGCUCCUGCUGCCCAUCAACCGGCCGGAGCUCUUCGAAGGCCGACGCAGCAAGCUGCUGCAGCCGCCCAAGGGAAUCCUCCUCUACGGUCCUCCGGGCACCGGAAAGACGAUGAUGGCCAAGGCCAUUGCCAAGGAGGGCAAGCUGGCAUUCAUCAACAUCAAUCUUGCCACCAUCCUCAACAAAUGGUAUGGCGAAUCGGAGAAAAUCGUGCGAUCAAUUUUCACGCUGGCGCACAAGCUGCAACCGUGCGUGGUGUUCUUCGACGAGAUGGAUUGCUUCUUCCACAACGGAGCGUCGGCGUCGGGCAGCCAGCACUCCUACCACAUGCAGGUCGAGUCCGUCUUCAUGACGCUGUGGGACGGCAUCGUGACGGACAGCAAGUCGCGGGUGAUUGUGAUCGGGGCGACCAACCGGCCGUACAACCUGAGCGCGGCCAUCCUGCGCCGCAUGCCGCUCCAGUUCCUCUUCGACCUCCCCAACAAGGCCCAGCGCGCGCAGAUCCUCAACGUGGUGUUGGCCAACGAGCCGCUGGCGCCGGGCUUCAGCAUCGACGCGCUCGCGCAGCUCACGUCGGGUUACUCCGGCAGCGACCUCCAGGAGCUCUGCAAGAAGGCUGCUGUGGCCCCGCUGCGCCACUUCCUCGAGGAGGAGGAGAGGCGACAGACGGCGACUGCCACCACCACCACCACCGGCUCGGACACGCACGGCCUGCGACCCAUGCACAUGCAGGACUUCAUCGAGGCCAUGAAGGAGGUGGCGCCGACGGGGAAGAAGGCCAAGCAGUACCACAACUUUGCGCAGAAGAGGGAGCGGGGUGGAGCCAAGCCUGACGGCGAUGACGACGACAACGAUGAAGACGAACCCUCCGGGGCGUCGAUCAACAUGGCCGACGUCUUGCAGUUCUGGUCGGCUAUGAUGGGCGGCGCUGCUGCCCGCGGCAGUUCGUCAUCGUCGUCGUUCACCAGCACCGCGCAGGAGAAGAAGAGUAGCAAGCCCAAGAUCGAGGAGAUCGACGUGGACGACGAGGGCGUGGCGCUACUCGACGAGGAGGAGGAGGGGGAAUACGACGAGCGGAUCGAGAAGUGGAGCAAGCGAUUCGAGGGCAAGGAUGGCGCGCGAUUGCUGGAGCAGCUGUGCGGGCUCGUUGACGUCGACCCCUCCCAGCCCAGACCCGUCGUCCUCAAAGAGCUGGCCAAGCACUUCCUGGACUGA